UGGCCACUGCGUCGCUGGUUUCGAUUGCUCUGGUGCCUGCUUGCCGCUGCUUGCCUGGGGUUCCUGCCAUGGCUUAUCAUCGAGUUCAAGCAAGCAGACUACUCCAUACACUACCAGGCAUGGUUCAUAGCGGGUAUCUUCGUGCUGCUAGCGCUGCCAGUGAGCAUCUACGAGGUGGCCAUGCAGCUGGAAUACUUCUCGCGGCCCAGGAUGCAGAUCUAUGUCAUCCGCAUCCUGUGGAUGGUCCCUGUGUACGGUCUUGACUCCUGGUUCGCUCUGCGCUUUGAGUCCACGCAAAUCUACCUGGACACCUUCCGGGAGUGCUACGAGGCUUUUGUGAUCUACAGCUUCUUCAUGUACCUGCUGGCCUAUCUGGAGGAGGAGUAUGGUGACAUCAGCGUGUACCUCUCCACCAAGGAGGAGAUUCCGCACAUGUGGGGCAUCCAGUACCUGUACAAGCCCUGGCAGAUGGGGGACGACUUUUUGUGGCAGUGCAAGAAGGGGGUGUUGGGUUACGUCAUCCUGCGGCCGCUGAUGACAGCGGUGGGAGUCGUGGCGCAGCUGCUUGGAGUGUAUGGCGAUGGCAAACUGCGCUUUGACUGCGUGUAUCUUUACACCACCAUCAUCUCUAAUGUAUCGCAGUUCUGGGCGCUGUACUGCCUGGUGCUAUUCUACCGGGGCACGAAGUACGAGCUGGCGCCCAUCCGCCCGGUGUCUAAGUUCCUCACAGUCAAGGCCGUCGUCUUCCUCACCUACUGG